UUCAGGAGAGAGGGUUAUCAGGCUUUGGCGGCUAUUGAUACCGGGGCCGCCACGCAGGUGUUACAAAAAAAACAGUGUGGCCUGCAGGUGUUGCGCUCUGACGAAGAGCAAAUAGGGCGGAAUCAAAUCAGUAAAUAACGUAAAUUUGGCUGAUAAGCUCAGAGAGCAAACCAAACUAUGCCACUGUGCUACAAAUGUUUCCAAAAAACAGCCGGUAAACAAAUAAGCUAUGCUAAAUUCCUUGUAGUUGUACAUGAGAAAGCAUUCAAAUGAGAAGCAACUCUAGCACAGAUUCUUGAAUCAGUUUAAAAAUUUUAAUCGAUACUCAAAAGCUCCCGCCAAAGUUAUCGAUUACUAUCAGCUGAUGUGUGGACUUUGUGGAUUCUAAUUUUCCUUGCCUUGCCUUCCCAGCUGAUAUUUGUUUAUAACUUGAAAUUUGAAUUUUAUAUCAUGGACACAAAAAAAUCUUCUUCAGAAUCUUUGCAACAGCUUCUCUGCGAUAAAUAUCUUGGGUUGCUGGCUGAUGUGAAAGAUGACGGAUCCUGUAUCAUUCGCGGAACCUUUAUGUGUGGGGAUAACUGGCUUAGGUUGAAACUAUAUCUGCCUCACUACCCGGCCCUCAAUAACUUCGAACUAUAUGUGAUGGAAAAAUUCGAGUACAAACUGUAUACAGCCACCAAUAUGACAGUUCAGGAAGACUGGAUGCUGGAGGAUUUUAUGGACAGAUUGCCGCAGCUACUUCCGCCCAAGGAACGUAUAGACGUCCCAAAGAUAACGCCACCACAAGGAAAUAUAUUCGCUGACAUCCUUGCCCUCCACAAGCCCAACGAGUACCGUCUGCAGAUAAAUGAAGGAUACACAAGGAUCCGUUUUUGCGAGUUUGUAGAUUUCGAAAAACAUUACCUAGAGUUGGGUCUGCCCUCUUUGGAGCUACUGGAUCACAGCGUUCCAGACUGCAUUCCACUGGGUGAAAUGCUCGAGAAAAGCGCCCAUUCCCUGGAGGAAGCAUUGGUAUUGUUUUUAAAAGUGCUGGAAGAUUUGCGGCCGUUCUACGACAAUUUCAUGAACAUCGAUGAGUUGUGCCAUGUCCUGCAACCAUCGCCGGCGACCACGAAACAUAAUUCACGGGUUUUUCCUUUAAAAGAUCGAGUGUACCUUAAGGUUACCAGUUUGGACCCCUUCGCCUGCUUGGCGUCUAUGGAGAUAAAGAUCAUCGGCCCCACAGACGAAGUGAGUCGCUUGCGGCAUGUCCUCAGCGAUGGACUUGGGAACUGGGAUUCGGAGAUGGAUAUGUACAAGAACCUGCUGCGGAUUUUUGAUUUGCUCUUCUUUCCCAUGCCGGACUGGGCCGAUGACCAGGACCAAAAAAUGGAUGAGGAGGACAAUCAGGACCUGCGCUGCAAUAUAUGCUUCUCCUACCGCUUGGACAAGGGCGAGGUGCCCCUCGUAUCCUGUGAUAAUACCAAAUGCGUUCUCAAGUGUCAUGCAGCCUGCCUGAAGGAGUGGUUUCAAACUCAACUGGAGGGUAAGACCUUUCUGGAAGUAUCCUUUGGUCUGUGCCCAUUCUGCAAGGCGAAACUAUCCACUUCUUUUGCCGCCCUUUUGGAUGAAUAAUUCGUACAAAAAUAGUGUUUUUCAAUAAAAAAUUUUAAAAACA